UCAAGAUUCAGCUAAUUUUCUUGAUUGAAAAACAAGAAACAAAAAACAACUCUAAAGCCUGCUGCAAGCCUUCGGCUAAUUUCCAGGGUGCUGAAAAAGCUUGUUCUGACCAUUUGGCCUGUUGUCUCCCUGCUUUUACGGAUGAGUGUUUUCAGAGGUCCAUCCUCUGCCUUUUUUGCUGAGGUCCUGGCGUCUGAACUGGGAUGAAGACACAUGGCAAAUUCUCCUGCACAGACAGGCCUGUCUUUAUGGGAGGUAGGCGGCUGCAAAGGAGGGAAAAUCCGUGUUUACAGCCACAUAGAAGCAGCUCUCUUCCCAGACCUGUGGUCAGCAGCUGCGGCCGGCCUCCUCGGGACAGUGGGAAAGUGGGGCAGAAGGCGUUACUGUGAGACUUGGUGAGUGUCUUGGCUUCUCUGGCUCUCCUGCAAGCCAGGCUUGAUUGCAGGAGUGACCCUUACAGAGGGCAAGCCAGCUUGCCAGGCCCCCAAAGGGUGCUGUUGAGGGGGGGCGCUCCGCUCACCCAGCCCUGCUUCUAGCGUCUCCCUGGACUGCAGAGGCCACAGAGCUGAGCCUGGGACCUGGGUGCCUGACCGGAUUCAGCCUCCACCAACCAGAAGAGCUCGGGGAAACCUGAACCCAGAAUGGAGUGGAGCGGGGCUGGGGGUUUCCAGGCAGGUGGGGCCUCAGGAGUUGGUGGGCAGCGUCCGCCUGCGGCUCUGGCCUGGAAGUCCUUCUUGGAACUCAACCGCCUCAAAAGUCUGUAUGCUGCCUGACUCGCAGGCAGACCCCUGUCUGCUUAGGCAGCGGACUUCUCUGCAGGAGGUGCUGUGACUGUAACCAGGCCGGCUGACCAGGUGCCCCUGGGGCAGGGUGGGAGGGGUCCUCUCUGAGACCCUCGAUGGGUGGAGCUGGGUGCGCACAGGGAGGAACUGCUGAGACAGGAUGGGGGGGCGGGACCAGUGGGCCCCCCGGACUGUUAGGACUGGAGGCCUGUGUGUGCUGUCUGCGGCGUCCGGUGGGGACGGGGCCCUCUGUAAACGUCUGGUAACAAACCAGCAAACAAAGGGGGGCCUGUUGACUGGGGAGACCCUGGGGAGCCAGACUCCCGCGGAGGCAGCGUGUCCCCGUGGGGCCCCAGCGAGGCGGCCCCGCAGGCCUGUCCACGCCCGGGGACAGCCCUGAAAGAGCCCUUGUCACACAGGCCUGGAGGCCCCCGGACCGGAGGCAGCGCGAAAGGUCCCGCUGGAGCCCAGCGCCCCUCAGCACCUGGGUUCUGGGUGGCGCCACAGCGCCACAGUUGCCUGUCCUCGGCAACUCCCACAUGGACCCUGCAGACUCUACACCCCACUGAGGGCCGGCGUGAGCAGCACAGACCACCCCUCCCCCGACUGCCCCGUUGGGACAAAGUUGCACAACUGCCCAAAGUCCACCGUCAGCAAUGCUGGCUCGUAAAGGACGCCUGUAAAACUACAAACACCCUGGAGGAUGGGCCUGGCAAGCGCUCCCUGGUGCUGUAGGCAAACCCAAGCUACACAGCCCAAGGGCCCGGGGUGGGGAGGCCCUGCAGCCACCAGUCAUGGGGGGCGAGCGGGUACGGAGAGCCGGGGAGGUGGAUGUAGACAGGACCCUGGAGCCAGAGGGGAGGUGGCUGCCGGCAGGGAGUGGGGGUCUGCAGAGGCCACAGCCCUGGCCUCAUUCUCCUGAAACCUCGAGGGGACUGACCAUGGAGUGAGUGACAGGACAGGACCCUGACCCGAGUGUCAGCACAUCACCAGGCACUUGCUAAUGACAGGACUCCGGCUACAGGAUGCGCCCAGUCCCCCAGCCUCCCCAGUCUAGGGAGUAGGGCUGUGUCUACUGGGUUUCUCCUGUGUUCCCAGUGCUGAGACCCAGCAGUGCUCGACACGUGUUCACAAAUGGAUGGAUUCGAGGGGAGGAGGAGGGAGGGCCCACCUGUGUGCACAGAGGAACCUUCUGUUUGUAGGGUUGCAAAUGCUUUCCAAGUGCUACCUCACUUGAUCCUUAGUGGGAGAGAGAAUGUAGCAUCCUGGUUUGCAGAAGAGUCUGAGGGUCAGAAUGGUUUUCAGUGAGUCCAGGACUGUCAGUGUAAGCAGGGUCUCUCCCACCUGAGAUCCCGCCUGGGCCAAGGGGCCACAGGUUGCCUGUUCCCAGGCCUCCCUCCGUGCACCUCUCUGAGCAUGGUAAAGAACUGGCCCCCUCCCGUGUCCCGCUGAGUGAGUCACAAGAACCCCUCAGGCAUGCUCCUGGGGCACACUCCACUGCCAAAGGAAAUGCCUCGCUGCCCCCCCCCUCUGGCCCCUCCCUGCAAACAGAGGGUCCCAGCCUUCAGUCCCCACUGGCCACACGUCGGGUGGAGCCCUGGGGGCAGAGCCUAUCCUCGGGGUGCAGGGGGCUGGGAUGGAGCCCCCUGGAAAACAGUGCGGACCCUGAGGCCACCCCUCUACCCCUGCCGGCCAGCGGGCGAGGUAUGGCUUGUGCCGGAGUCAGUGCAGUGUUUCCUUACUUCGGGGACCGAACAGUCCCGGGCCCACCCCACUUCCUCUCCUCAAACCCAAACCAGCCACUCCUCCAAGGACAGGCUUGCCCUUUCUGCCCACCUGCCCUCACGUCUGACAAGGCUCCCCCUCCAGCUACAUCUGUGAAAGGCUGGCUUUCCGCUCAGAUACCAACCAACACUGCACCUCCUUGGCCUGAGCGCCCGAGCUGGCCUCACAGGCCAGGGGCUUCUGGGAAGCCACACAAAGGUAUCUGCACACAUCACCUUUCACAAAGGUUUCCUUUUGAAAAAUACAUCUGUUUUUCAGAAGACACUGCAGUUUGUGUUAACGUGUAACAGGUUUCUGUUUGCUACCUUUAAGUAAGGCGAGUACCCUGGGGCUUCCGGCAGGCCUCGAUCGUGGUGAGAAUCGACAGGUAAAACACACACACAGACGCACUUUGGGUUCUCAGCGACUGUUCAGAGUGUAAAGGGUCCCGAGGCCAAAUGUUCGAGGGCCGCUGAGCCGGGAUCUGUCCUGAGCCUUAGAACCUGGGGUCCGAACGUGGCGUUCGCAGCUGCUCCCCUGCGGCUGUGCCACUUACUUGAAAUACAGGUUAGAUCAUUUGUUUUUGUUUGCCUUCUAUUUUUGUUGAUUCUAUUUAUUUUCUCUUUCUUUUUUUGAAUACGUAAACCGUUAACGCGGCUUCAAAAGCGAGAACGAGACGCUCCCUUCCGAGCGUUGCCGCUCCCAGGGCAGCUCUUACACGUGAGACCGGCCCCUGUCCUUGCCUCCCCGGCUCCCGGGCUGUGACAAGGGUUCCGGAAACAUUCUCCUGACAGUGAGCAGGAGUAACUUCAGAAUCUGCUGGAGCGCCUCCCCAGGGAGGGAAGUCGGGGGCCCGGGCCGCCCCUCAGCCCUUCGGGGAGGGCCGCCGCCUGGCUCUGAUUUCCUUUGGAGGGACAGCGUCCAGAUGCCCUGGCCAGCAGUGUGGGUGGCACGGCGGCUCUGUGCAUGGCAAGGAGGCAGCCGUGUUUGCUGAACCCUGAGCCCCAAAGCCAGGGGUGCCUGAGGCCAGAGGCCCCACUCCCUAGCACUGGACUGACGCCAGGCCCAGCCCUGCCCGGGGCGAGGCACUCGCUUGCUGCCCAGGGCUGCGGGCAGUGGCACCACCUCCAGGGAGACACUGGCUGCUGCUCGCUGGUGGCCCUGGUGGAGGACCUGGGACCUCAUUGGUGGCCGGGGACUGUCCGCGGCAUAAAUUGGAGCUCUGGGCUCUGCUGGGACCUUCGGCUGCCCAGGGCCCUCUGGUCACUCCAGCUGGUUGAUGGAAACCCCGAGUGCGGCUGUCACCAGGGGCAGGGUCCUCUGGGCCCUCCUCCUGGCCACGCUUGGCUCCUCAGCUGGACAGCCACUUGGGGGAGAGUCCAUGUGCACCGCCCAGGCCCUGGCCAGGUACAGCAUCACCUUCACGGGCAAGUGGAGCCAGGCGUCCUUCCCCAAGCAGUACCCCCUGUUCCGCCCACCCGCACAGUGGUCGUCCCUGCUAGGGGCAGCGCACAGCUCCGACUACAGCAUGUGGAGGAAGGACCAGUAUGUCAGCACCGGGCUGCGGGACUUCGCAGAGCGGGGCGAGGCCUGGGCCCUGAUGAGGGAGAUCGAGGCGGCCGGGGAGAAGCUGCAGAGCGUGCACGCGGUGUUCUCAGCCCCUGCCGUGCCCAGUGGCACCGGGCAGACCUCCACGGAGCUCGAAGUCCACUCCAGGCACUCGCUCGUGUCCUUCGUGGUCCGCAUCAUCCCCAGCCCCGACUGGUUUGUGGGCGUCGACAGCCUGGACCUGUGUGACGGUGACCGCUGGCGGGAGCAGGUGGCUGUGGACCUCUACCCCUAUGAUGCUGGGACAGACAGCGGCUUCACCUUCUCGUCCCCCAACUUCGCAACCAUCCCACAGGACACGGUGACCGAGAUAACAGCCUCCUCCCCCAGCCACCCUGCAAACUCCUUCUACUACCCGCGGCUGAAGGCCCUGCCUCCCAUGGCCAGAGUGACCCUGAUGCGGCUCCGGCAGGGCCCCAGGGGCUUCGCCCCGCCUGCCCCGGACCUGGUGGGCAGGGGCAAUGAGAUUGUGGACAGCCUGUCAGCUCCAGAAACGCCGCUGGACUGCGAAGUCUCCCUGUGGUCGUCCUGGGGGCUGUGUGGGGGCCCCUGCGGGCAGCUGGGCUCCAAGAGCAGGACUCGCUAUGUCCGCGUGCAGCCCGCCAACCAGGGCGCGCCCUGCCCGGAGCUGGAAGAGGAGGCCGAGUGCGUCCCUGACAACUGCGUCUGAGAUUGGCCCACGCGGCCGGCGAGCGGUCACCAGGCUUGGGGCCGAGCAGGGAGCAGCCGGGGGUGUCCUUGCCUCUCUGAGCUCCGCUGGGGGCCGGCCCUCUGCCCAGACAUGCCCGCAGGGAGGGAGGACCAUCCUGUCAGCAAGCUUCUGGAGCCCGACAUGUCCACACCAGCGGGAGGGUGGCUCCUACCCAGAGACCGCUGGGCUGGGCGGCAGGAGCCCCGAACCUGCUCAGCCACAAAAUACCUCAGACCCGGUGGCCCAGAGCCCCGCCUGCGCCCCCCACCCCACCACCGCGGGUCCCAUCCCUGGCCUUGAAUAAAGACCGUGGUCUCGGC